GGCUUCUUUCAGUGCUUCCAGACGGAGAACUAAUCAGACCUGAGCAUUCAAGUGAGUUUCUCCUCAGCAUACUGAGUCAGGUGGUCCCUACAUGCUUUACCCAAAGCCCAAAUAAGAGCUUUGAUUUCUUCUUCCUGGCCACUCCGGCUGAACGUUCUCAUUGCCCGAGGUUACCAGGGAAGCAGGAGCCUCGAGAACUGGGAGGAGGGGAAUGAACCGUGAGGGUGUCCCCGGGAAGAGUCCGGAGGAGAUGUAUAUUCAGCAGAAAGUGAGAGUCCUGCUUAUGCUUAGGAAGAUGGGAUCAAAUUUAACUGCCAGCGAAGAGGAAUUUCUGCGGACGUACGCAGGGGUAGUGAAUAGCCAACUUAGCCAGCUUCCUCAGCAUUCUAUCGAUCAGGGUGCCGAGGAUGGGGUGAUGGCGUUUUCCAGAUCGGAGACGGAAGACAGAAGGCAGUAAUGGAAAGGCCGUCCCAGCAGUACAGAGCUGGACCAGGGAAAACGAGGCUCGUGGAGAUCAAGGAAGAUGGCUGGACAUUCAUGAGUUCCUUUGCCCUCUCCUGAUUUGCCCCCCAUGGUAGCCUUCCCUCGUCCCCCAGUUCAGUUUCUUCUUGCCCAGCUGUCUGAAUGCAUCUUGUAGCAGUCUGUCCUCCAUGCCCUGUUGGUGGCUCAGCUGGGCUGUGCUAAUUGAGGCUAACUCCAGGAAUGCAUUUAUGAUUGGCUCAGAAAAGGUGGACUCUGAUUGGAUAAAAGGAAGAAAACAUGACCAGUGGAAACACUCCUCACACACACCCUCCCAGUCCCGCCUGUUUGUUUUUUAACUUUUGUGUUUUUAAGAAUUGCUGCCGACAUCCUUCUCCUCCAAGCCUCUGAGCGUUAGUGCUUAUGUAGGUCAUGUUUGUGUGUUUUCGGAGAGCGACUUCUCUGUGUGAAACUGGAAAUGGACCGAUUGCUGGUGCCAAAUUGAGCGGCUUGCAGGUGUUUUGCCAACAUCCAUGUUUUCUUUGCUAAAAAGCUGGGGGUGGGGAAGGGAGGGCGGGUGAACAUGAGUUAUUGCUUCCCAUUUAUUGUCAUGGGGGAUGUUUUGCCAUAUUUAUUACAUGCUUGCGUACCUCUUUUUAUCGGCCUGAUUGACUUCCGGUUGGCUGCAGUGUUUCUAACUACCUUCUCUGCACUAGUCUGCUCUGAGGCUCUGUUUGAGGAAUCUGUGCAGGAAAACGUGUUGGUUUUCUCAAAUCUUUCCCAGUAUGAGGAGAUUAUAGUCAUAGAAGCCGCACAGCUUCGAGUGCUGUGGAAAUGAGCCUCUGAUGGAAACAAGGUUGGCUUCGUUGCAGCUCGCACGAGACCUGUAUGCACUGCAGGAAUGGCAGGUGACCCAGAUCUGUGUGACGGCCAAGUGCCAAACCAGAACAAGCAUUAAACAAUUCUAUACAGACCGCAUUACUUAACCUUUAACGUGGAUUACCACUGACCAUUAACAGGUUCUUUCCUGUCGUAUUUGCCCUGAGCCUGCCUUGACUGGUGAGGUGGAAUUGCUGAGCCCCUUGACUGGGUUUGCUUUUCUGUGGUCAGAUCUCAUUGGAGUCACUGAAUUGUGCACUUGAGGGAUCCAGUCACAGGUACUGCAAGGGACCCAUCUUUUCCCUACGUCUGAUGAGAAGGCCCUAAAACAGCAGCACUUUGAAUCAGAUGUACUGAACUUGCCGGGAAGUGGCACAUUCACCCCCUUGAACGACCAAGUGCUGCUGCCAAAUCCCGAAGUGUUUCCUUUUCUGUUACAUGCCAGGAUUUUCUCAGUACUUCCAGGAAGGCAGCUGUGGUAUUCUGGAAAGUAUUUAAGAAGAAACCCAUUCCUCCUGUUCCUACGUCUUUGGGACAGCAGUUGUGAUCUAGAGGCUUAAAAACCCGGCUGUGACGAUGAGCACAAUCAGUUCAUGGGGCCUGUAGCUGUGAGGGUGCAGGCGCCGUUGCUCUGUGGGUGUGUUCGUGUAUAUGUGUGUAUGCAUGUGAGAGAGAGGUCACUCUUAAUGAAUAAACAUUGUCUACCUGCAAUAGCAGCACCCCUGUUGCCGAAAAAACGAUACUUGAGUUUCAAUUUGCAGCUUUUUAAUGACGUUCUCAGUGUGGAAAAUAAGCCUCGACUGGGGCCGGUAAUGAGAUUCCAAUGAAAUGAAACCAGCAAUAAAUGCAGUUCAUCCCUUUCAAUUCAAGCUUUAUUCCCUAUUCUUUUUCCCCCUCCCCUAUUCCAGGGAAUCUAGAUGGAUUCACUUCAGCAUGUGUUCCUGGUGCAGAACAUUCUCAACAUUCAAAACACACCAUUGCUAGGAAAAAUGUUUCUCCUUGCUCAGACCUGUGUUGCAAUAGCUAGUGCAGUCUGGAUUGCGGCUGUGCCAGUAUGAGGGGCAUCUAUUGGCUAGUACUUGUGCGGUUAUCGCUCAGAUCGAAGGACAGCUUUCUCCCCUCUGUUCCUUCAAGAACUUUUUGGGAUGUUCUGUUCUUCACUCACCUCCUUACCCUGCUGUUCCUCUGAGCACCUCAAGGCGUGGUGUGCGUGGUCCUCCCCUCUGUUUUGUACUCAGCAGAACUCUGUGAGGUAGGUCAGGGUGAGAGGACGUGACUAGCCCGAGGUAGCUAGUAAAGUGUCGUGGCAAGGGAGGGGUUUGAACCCCCCUGUGCUCUCCCCAGCUGUGUUGUGGCCCUUGCAUCGGAACACUGGCUGGACCUCUCUAGUGCACUGGCUGAGCAAGUCCCCAGCUGAAGUACAGGAGCUAUCGGGGGAAGGCUACCUUAUUCCUCUGCUUCUCCUUUCUUGUGUUCCCCCCCCCCCCAAAAAAAAAAAAAAAUGUGAUGCCACUGUCCUCUCUCCCCUGGUGCAUUUCCUAGGGAUGAGAUAUUUAUGCUCCUGGUUGGUAUUAACAAUAAAACGCUUCCUGGCAAUCAGUCUUUCAGUGACUUGGCUGGGUCAGAUGGCAAGCAAAGUGGAGGUGUUUGGGUGUGUGUGUG